UAAUGUAUACGUUGGGAAGGAAACAGAUGCUGAUAGUAAUAAAAAAACCCUUCUGGGAAUCACAGGUGAAGUUGUCGUUAAAUUAAUGACGCCAUACCUGGAUAAGGGCCAUUCCCUUUAUACGGAUAAUUUUUAUACAAGCCCUGCAUUGUCUCUUUUUCUGCUUGAUAGAAAAACCAACACCUGUAGAACAGUUCGCCAGACACGAAGAGGUAUGCCAGAUCCAAAAGGAAAACUAAAUAAAGGAGAGAUAUCUUGGAAAAGUUCUGAGAAGCUAUUCGCACUGAAAUGGAAGAAAGACCGUCAGGAUGUGACUAUGCUUUCUACGAUUCAUGAGAACAAGAUGAUUACCCUACCAAAAUUGGACCGAAAAACAGGAGAAAAUAUACGAAAACCAUUGUGUAUACUAGAUUACAAUAAAAAGAUGGAAGCAGUCGACCGGUCAGAGUUAGUCACCAGCAUAGAUUCCAUGAGGAAGAAUAUAAAGUGGUAUAAAAAAUUGUUUUUCCACUGUAUGGACCUAUGUAUUCUGAAUUCACAUGCAUUGUUUCUGACACAAAAUGGAAAGUAUAUUCCCUUAGCAGUAUUCCACUUGAAGGUUAUUCGUCAGUUGUUAGAAAGAGAUGUCCUUGAGCGUAGAGAGCCACAAGUUGUUCCUUCUGCCAAGAAAAGGCUAAUAGAGCGCCACUUUCCGUCCUUAGUUCCUGCUACAGAGAAAUCAAAAAGACCUAUGAGGCGCUGCGUUGUUUGUGCGACACAACGUGGAGAGAAAAAGAGGAAAGAGUCUCGAUAUAUAUGUAAUGAAUGUAAUGUGGGUUUAUGCAUCGUUCCUUGCUUUGAGACAUACCACACCAUUAAAAAAUUUUAA